UGAGAGAGAUUUAUAUAUAUAUAUAUAUAUACGUAUUUAUAUAGAGAGAGAUUGAUAAAGAUAUAUAUAGAAAGAGAAAAAGGCGUAGAUUCGUAUAUAAGCCAUGGAAGCCAAAUCCAAUGCGUCUCGAAUUUGAGGGAGAGAGAGAGAGAGAGAGUUCCAGUGAGGGAAGUUUAGAGCGAGAAAAUUUAGAGAGAGAAAGUGUCGGCUUUUAGAACAUAGAGAGCCGCGGCAAAUGGCAGAUUCGAGCGACUCCGUUUCCGUUGAUAUGGAGACGAUCUCUUUUGGAGGGAAGGAGCAUCUUGUUAGAACUGGCCGUGGUUCAGUUUCUGUUUCUGUGUUUGGAGACCCGGACAAGCCAGCUCUUAUUACUUAUCCAGAUUUAGCUCUAAAUCAUAUGUCUUGUUUUCAAGGAUUAUUCUUUUGUCCGGAAGCAUUUUCCUUGCUGCUCCACAACUUCUGCAUUUACCAUAUUAGUCCUCCUGGGCAUGAGUUGGGAGCUGCUGUAAUUGGCUCUGAUGAUCCAGUAUUAUCUGUUGAUGACUUGGCAGAUCAGAUCCCUGAGGUUCUCGACUAUUUUGGACUUGGUGCAGUGAUGUGUGUGGGAGUAACAGCUGGAGCUUAUAUCCUUACCCUGUUUGCUAUAAAAUAUACAAAACGUGUUCUUGGUUUGAUACUUAUUUCCCCUUUAUGCAAAGCACCCUCUUGGACCGAAUGGUUGUAUAAUAAGGUGUUGUCAAAUUUACUCUACUUUUAUGGUAUGUGUAGUUUAGUGAAGGAGUUAUUGGUGAUGCGAUACUUCAGCAAGGAAGUUCGUGGUAAUGUGGAAGUACCAGAAUCAGAUAUAGUUCAUGCAUGCAGAAGAUUGCUGGAUGAGAGGCAGAGUCCAAAUGUUUUGAGGUUUCUUGAAGCUAUUAAUGGGAGGCCAGACAUUAGUGAAGGAUUAAAGAACCUACAAUGUCGGUCCCUCAUAUUUGUUGGAGAGAACUCUCCUUUCCACGAUGAGGCUCUACAUAUGACUUCAAAACUAGAUAGAAGAUAUAGUGCCUUAGUUGAGGUUCAGGCAUGUGGGUCGAUGGUGACAGAGGAGCAGCCCCAUGCCAUGUUGAUACCAAUUGAGUAUUUCCUCAUGGGAUACGGCUUCUACAGGCCGUCUCAGAUCAGCGUCAGCCCAAGAAGCCCGUUGAGUCCAACUUUCAUCAACAUUCCCCCCGAGCUUUUCUCUCCGGAAAGCAUGGGGUUGAAGUUGAAGCCAAUUAAAACACGAAUUUCUCUUAAUGUUUGAAAGAAAGAUAGUAGAGAAAGGUAGGAAGUAAGUAAUUUUUUUGUAAUCUAUAUAUUAAGGAAAGCAUUUGUAAUUUUCACUUGAUUGGUCAGGGGGAUUGUAGAUAGAGAGAGAGAGAGAGGAAAAGGGAUAAGGGAAAAAGACUAGAAAAAAGAGAGACGAGGAUUGAUUCUUUCAUUUGUAAUCAUAAAUCUUUAGUGGAGGAGGGCUGAGUGAUCUGUAUAUCCUCGGGAUAAAUAUUUAUAAUGACAAUAAAAAUAAUGAUAAUAAGAAGUGGGUGGCGAACUUGUUCUCUC